UUAUAAAUAUGAACUCCUCACGGCUUAAUAACCUCAAACAAUUAUAAUUUCCAACAUUUUCUUGGCCUUCAAAACAACAUCAGCUCAAAAGACAAUCAGUACAAAAUGAAGAAAAACAAAUAGAAAACAUUCAAAAACUGCCAUAAUAGUGCUUAAAAAACAAACAAAUUUGCCAUAAAUUAUAAAUAGAACAAAGAAAUUAGAACAAAAUAUAUAAACAAAACAAAAAAAAUCUAAAACUAAAUGCUGAAAAAUGUUAAAAACUUCAAUUAAAACGUUAAAAUACUUAACAUUGUUAAUUGUGCUACUUAUACAAAUUCAAAGAAAUUGCGCCAAAACAAUCAACGAUAACAGCAACAACAACCAUAACCAUAACAACAACAUCAUCAGCCGCAGCAGUAGUAAAAGCAACAUACCACCACUUGUACCCCUUCACCAAACAAAUGUUAACAGCACAACAAAAAUCCACACAAACGAUAAAAACUUUCAAAAAGCUCAGCCAAGUAAUCAACCAAAAAACUCAACAACAUUAACAGCAGCAUGUAAACACGCACAUAACAGAGCUGUGGUGAAUUUGAAUCGCUGUCAACAAGAAAAUCAAGAGAUUAUUUUUAAGCCAUUCUAUACAUGUUAUUGCUUACUUUAUUUGUUUAUUAUAUGUAUUUCAGAAUUCACCUCCUCCUCCACUACUAUGCGUCGCAAAAAACGUAGUGUUUUCCAUGUACGCUGGAAUCCUAAUGAACGAUUCAUCGUAGAAUCUCAUGAAAAUCCGGCCAUAAAUUCUUCCAAACUUGCACCGCAUCCCCGUCUCAAAGUCUCCAAAACAACCAAACUCACCCUGAAUCCGAAACUCUAUCUGUGUCACGACAAAUACUCACAGAUGUGUGAAAACAAAACAAUUGUUUUUAAGGAGCGAAUUUUGCGCACAUUCGACAAGGCCAUGAUGGAGUCAUUGAAUGAAUCGAACUUUUACAAUGUCGAUUUUAAGCCGGUGUUUGGUGAUAGUUUCGAAGAGCAAUAUUAUCCAUCGACAUGUUUGGUCAUGGAAGCUGGCGUACGUGUGCUGAAGCGUAAGGAUCCACCAUUUAAUAAACUGCAGUUUGGAAAAUUAUUUCCGAAACAGAAGUUAUUUCGUCAAAAUAAGAAUAUCAAGACGUGUGCAAUAGUGUCGAGUGCUGGUUCGAUGGCAGGUUCGAAGCUGGGGAGAUUUAUUGAUACUCACGACAUCGUAAUGAGAUUUAAUCAUGCUCCAACUCGAGGAUACGAAGUGGAUGUGGGCAGUAAAACCACCAUACGUGUGGUGAAUUCUCAAGUUGUCACGAAGCCUGAAUUCGAUUUUACACAUGCACCAAUUUUUCAAAAUGUCACCAUUGCCGCUUGGGAUCCUGGCAAAUACAAUGGCUCUCUUGAGGAUUGGCUAACCACGUCCGACUAUGAUUUAUUUACGAAUUAUGAAAUGUAUCGACGUCGCUAUCCUAAGUCACGUGCCUUUUUAAUUGAUCCUCAUUCGAUUUGGCGUUUGUGGCAGAGUUUGCAAAUGUUUGCUGGCAAUCGACCGAUACGAAAGAAUCCUCCAAGUUCGGGAUUUAUUGGUCUAGCUCUACUUCUACCUCAUUGUCCUGUGGUUGAUUUCAUUGAAUAUAUUCCGUCGACACGUCUAAAUGGGCGCUGUCAUUACUACAGCAAAGAGAUAAAUUCCGCUUGCACAUUUGGAGCCUGGCAUCCGUUGGCAGCUGAAAAAUUAAUGGCAUUGGAUAUGAAUGUGGCCGAUGACAUGUCCGUUUUUCAAUUUGGCAUCUUACGCAUACGACGCCCCAAUAAACUAUUAUGUGGUUUUAAUUUUUUGGGUUACUAAGAGGUCAAAUG